AGCUACCUCCAGGCCAUGCGCUUCGCGGUAGAAGAGAUCAACAAAGCCAGCGCCCUCCUGCCAGGGCUGCGGCUGGGCUACGAGAUGGUGGACGUCUGCUACCUCACCAACACCAUACACCCCAUCUUAUACUUCCUCUCUGACAACCGCUCCCAGCUGGAUAUCGAGACCAACUACACCCAAUACCGCCCGAGGGUGGUAGCCGUCAUCGGGCCAGACUCGUCUCAGGCAGCGGUGACAGCCGCUUACCUCUUGAGCCAGUUCCUCGUCCCACAGAUCACCUACAGCGCCACCACGGAGUCCCUGAGCAACCCCAAGGUCUUCCCGGCGGCUUUCCGCACCAUCCCGAGUGCGGAGCAGCAGAUCGCUGUCAUGCUCCGGCUCCUGCAGCACUUCAAGUGGAACUGGUUCAUUGUCCUCACCAGCGACGACGACUACGGCCAACAAAACCUGCAGCUGUUGCGAACCCAGGCCACCCGAAGCUGCAUUGCCUUCCAGGAGACCAUCCCGGUCCAGGGAAAGGACCCUCACGAUUCGAGCAACAGCACCCUGGAGGCAAUCAGCAGCGUCGUGGCCAAGAUCAGCAGGAGCACGGCCAAAGUGGUGAUCAUCCUCAGCCUGGAGCUGCCUCUCCCCACGUUCUUCGGAGAGGUCAUCCGCCAGAAGAUGACGGACGUCGUGUGGAUCGCCGCAGAGGCCUGGUCCAUCGACCCGAACACCCACGGCGUCGCCAACAUCUCGAGCGUGGGCACCAUCUUUGGCGUGGCCGUGCAGGAUGUCCCCGUCCCAGGGAUGGACAACUUCCGCGUCAAGGGUCCAUCCCACCCGGGGGAAGACGGCAAAGGCCAGGCCGCCUCCGGUGCGGCAACGUGCAACCAGGAAUGCGACGACUGCCUGGCGGAGGCUUGCUCCUACGACAAGAGCCUCCGGGGCACAGGGGACCGCGUCAACUUCAACGUCUACUCGGCGGUUUACGUGGUCGCGCACGCCUUGCACCAGCUGCUAAGAUGCAGCGCCACGCGAUGUGACCGGCGGGAGGUUUAUCCGUGGGAGCUGCUGAAAGAGAUGGGCAAGGUGAACUUCACCCUGCUGAGGACCGUGAUCAACUUUGACCAGAAAGGGGACCCACCGAACGGUUUCGAGGUCAUACAGUGGCAAUGGAAUGUCCCCGGGAAGCCUUUCAAGAAGAUUGCUUCCUAUAAUUCGUUGCAGGGAAGGCUUGAUGUCAAUGAGAAAAUCAUCACCUGGCACACCAUAAACAACACAGCGCCUCGGUCCAUCUGCUCAGAGCAAUGCGAGGCGGGACAGAAGAAAAAAUUGAUCGGGAUGCUCACCUGCUGUUUCGAGUGUGUGCAGUGCGAGGCUGGGACUUUUCUCAACAGCAGCAACAAUUUCACCUGCCAGGAGUGUCCGCUGGACAUGUGGUCGGAACCCGGCAAAGAAGAGUGCUUCACGAAACAGCUGCUCUACAUCCACUGGGGCGACGCCAUCUCUCUCGCCCUCCUGUCUCUCUCGACCCUCGGCCUCCUGGCGACCCUGUGGAUCUUGGCCCUCUUCACACGCCACUCUGCCACGCCGGUGGUGAAGUCUGCCGGGGGCCGCCUCUGCUUCCUGAUGAUCGCCUCCCUGGCUGCUGGCUUCUGCAGCGUCCUCUUCUUCAUGGGCCGGCCGACGGAGCUGGUUUGCUUCUGCCGCCAAACGGUCUUCAGCCUCUGCUUCACCACCUGCAUUGCCUGCAUCACCGUCCGCUCCUUCCAGAUCAUCUGCGUCUUCAAGAUGGCCGCCCAGCUGCCUCGGGCCUACGAAGCCUGGCGGAAGUACGACGGGCAGCGGGUCUUCGUCGCUGCCGUCUUGGUCAUCAAGGUCUUUAUCGUAGCGCUCAAUAUCUACUUCAACAAGCCGGUGCCCUUCCGAGCCCGGGUGAGCAACGACCCGGCCAUACUCAUCUUGAUGUGCAACCAGAACUACCGUGCCGCCAUGGUCUUCAACAAUGCCUUUGACAUGAUUCUGUGCUUCCUUUGCUUCUGCUUCGCCUACAUGGGGAAGGCCUUGCCGAAGAACUACAACGAAGCCAAAUACAUCACCUUGUGCAUGACGGGCUAUUUCGGCUCCUGGGUGUCCCUCUUCCUUGUCAUGUCCAUCUUCGAAGGGAUCGUGGUGAUGGUUUUUGAGUCGGCCACCGUCCUGUCCAACUUGUUCAGCAUCUGCGUGGGCUACUUUGGCCCCAAAUGUUACAUCCUUUUCCUUCACCCGGAGCGCAACACGACCGCCUUCUUCCAGGACGCCAUUCAGAGCUACACCAUGAGGCAGGAGUAA